GCGGGCUUGGGGCUGUUUCCCUUCAAUGACCAGAAAGGGUGAGGCCUCCGCGUGGCCCGGGGAUUGGAGCCGAGGGUCGCGGGCCGUUCGAGCACUGCGACCGGAACAGACCCAGCCCCGUCUCCAAAUUUAGUUUUCCUGGCAGGUUGAUUUCAAGGCAAUAUGUCCUCCGCUUCUAUGAAAGAGUGCCUGCAGCUUCAGCUGCUGGAGAUGGAAAUGCUGUUUUCUAUGUUUCCUAACCAAGGAGAAGUGAAACUUGAAGAUGUAAAUGUUCUGACGACUAUAAAGAGAUAUUUGGAAGGCACAAGGGAGGCGUUGCCACCAAAAAUUGAAUUUAUAAUCACACUCCAGAUUGAGGAGCCCAAGGUGAAAAUUGAUUUGCAAGUAACCAUGCCUCACAGCUACCCCUAUGUAGCAUUGCAGCUGUUUGGACGGUCAUCUGAGCUUGACAGACAACAGCAGCUACUUCUCAACAGAAGUCUCACUUCUUAUAUAGGGACUUUUGAUCCAGGUGAGCUGUGUGUGUGUGCAGCAAUCCAGUGGUUACAGGACAACAGUGCCUCCUAUUUCCUGAACAGAAAGCUGGUUUACGAACCAUCUACACAAGCAAAGCCAGUCAAGAACACAUUUCUCCGAAUGUGGAUCUACAGCCACCACAUAUAUCAGCAGGACUUAAGGAAAAAGAUUUUGGAUGUUGGGAAAAGGUUAGAUGUGACUGGAUUUUGUAUGACAGGAAAGCCUGGUAUAAUCUGUGUGGAAGGCUUCAAGGAGCACUGUGAGGAAUUCUGGCACACAAUCAGGUAUCCCAACUGGAAACACAUUUCCUGUAAACAUGCUGAGAGUAUCGAAACCGAAGGAAAUGGGGAGGAUCUGCGCCUUUUCCAUUCUUUUGAAGAAUUACUCCUCGAGGCCCAUGGCGACUACGGAUUAAGGAAUGACUAUCACAUGAAUCUGGGCCAGUUCUUAGAAUUCCUAAAAAAACACAAAAGUGAGCAUGUUUUCCAGAUAUUAUUUGGUAUUGAAAGCAAAAGUUCAGAUUCCUAGGAGGGUAUUAAAAGGCCUAUGCUUAUAAUCUCACCAAGUCAGUAUUUCUGUUAAUAAAACCAAAGUAAACAGGCCGAUGGCUGUUUAGCAUCCCUGUGAGAAACCUGGCUGCAGACGUUGUGCAUAGGCUGUUACCCUUACCGCAGUGCACUCGUGACGUCAUCUCCAUGUUCUUGUGUUAUCUUACAGCUGCUUAA